GCACGGAACAGUCGAUAGGCCGAUAGAAAUUCCUAUACGCGCGUACGCGUACACGUGUACGUAGAUGCACGCGCGCAUCUUCGUUUCAUCUCGUGCCACGUUCGUUUUUCGAAUUCGACCCUCGGCAAUCCCAUCGGUCGCGUUCGAUUCCGUUCGAGGUUGAAAAUCGAAAUUGCGCCAAUUACGCUAUCGAUGGACGAACGAAUAACGAGAGAGGCACCGGCGGCGAGGCAGACUGUCGCGGCAGCGCCCCGUCGACCGGUACGGAUGCGCCGGUACCGUAUACCGCAUAAUAUUCUACGAAUACGGGAAGAUGCGGACGAUGGAUGAAUAUGGAUGUAUAAUCGUAACGUUGGAGCGACGAGAUUCGGUUCGUUUUGGCGCGGCACGGUGAUACGGUGGCAUGGCGACCCAGCGAGGCGAGGCGAGGCGAGGCGAGGCGAGGCGACACGGCGGCAUCCGCAACCGUGGUUAUGCGGCACAAAUUUUGGUGGGGAUGGAGGACACUUUCACUCUUACAGGUGUAUGACCGACGCGAGAGCUUGGAAAUACUCGUUACUCGCGAACAAACGAGACGUACAGGAAGGCGAACCGAGAACGCGCGACGGGAAGGGGGUCGAUCGGGGGAUACCUAGGGGAUGCGCGAGAGACCGCGAAGAAAAAGGAGAGACGCGUAAAAACUCGACCGACGGUGUUCCAAUGCCGCGUGUCGGAUACAAAUUUUCGAUCGAACGUCGACCUGGACGAAGAAAGGACUUCGGUCCAACGGGUGGAAAGAAAGAAAGGAAGGAAGAUGUGGAAGAAACGAGAAUAGAAAAACGAAAAAAUGAAAGACGACGCCAACGAAAACGGACGAGGAGGGACCGUUUCGACGAUUCGCGAAAGGGAAGAUGUCGUCGCGAACGAUCCGCUACUCGCUAGAUAACGGCCCGGUAGUCGCAUACUCGCACGUACCGUUCGGUACGCGUUCGUUUUCCUCCUACCGAUCGAAUUUUUCGCCGUCUCGCUGCUACGAAGCUCGCCAACCGAACGAUAUCGUUCGACGUCGACGAGCCGCGGUCGUCGGAUCGCGAACAAGACUGCUCCGUGUCGCGAUCAAAAGAUAUUCUCGAAAACGUUCGUCGCGAGCAAGGUGCCGCGUAAAUCGAACGUUAUCCGUUUCGCGGCGGCCACUCGAAAGAAUAGAAAGUACGUAAAGGGGGAUGAUGAGAGCGCGAUACGAGUACGAGCAGUCGAUGCUCGAGGCGACAGAGACGGAAUUGAAAGUAGAGAACGAGAUAGGACGGGCCUGGAGGAGGCUGGCCGAAGGGGGUCAUCGAACCGCGAAGGAACAUCGGUUUUUGGUCAAUGUACCCGCUACCGAAAUACAUUCUCGUCUCGAGGCUCGAGACGGUCCCGAGUCCCGAUGUUUCCAUAUGGCCCCAGUGGGUCAGUGGUUCACGAGGGAGCACCAGCGGCGACGCGCUCGACGUUCGUCGAGCACGCGUCCGAUGUCUUUGUCGUCGUUGACGUUGUUACCAUCGAUCGUCGUAGUUGUUUCGGGUACAACGCAAACCGUAUACAGUCUUGGUCGAGGGAGGACAGGGAGAAUCUCUGGGAACUGAGCGGCCUGUUCGAAGGAGACAUAAUGCUGUACCCGUCGGAGGAAGGAGACGUCGAAUCGAAGAACGGUUUGGUCAAGACCGCGUCCCGUUGGCCCGCCGGAAUAGUACCGUACCAUAUAAAGGAAGAAGAUUUCGACGAAGAAGAGAUCGAGCUGAUCGAACGCGCCAUGGACGAGUACCACGAGAGCACGUGCAUACGUUUCCGACCUUACGAGAAGACGGACGUCGACUACGUCGCGAUAGAAGGGAAAACGUCCGGGUGUUGGUCUUUGGUCGGUCGACACGAUCGCGGGCAAGUAUUGAAUUUACAAAGUCCAGGAUGCGUGCACCACGGCGUGAUCGUUCACGAAUUGAUGCACGCGCUGGGCUUUUAUCACCAACAGAGCGCGGCGGAUCGCGACCGGUGGGUCGUUAUAAAUUGGACGAACGUGAAACCAGGCAAAGAACACAAUUUCAACAAAUACGACAAUCGGACCGUUACCGAUUACGGGAUCGGCUACGACUACGCCAGCGUGAUGCACUACAGUUCUCACGCGUUUUCGAAAAACGGCGAACCGACCAUUACUCCAAAAAAAAAAGGAGCGAAGCUCGGGCAACGAAAGGGUCUUAGCGAGAAGGACGUGCUCAAGUUGCGAGCGAUGUACGAGGAAGAGUGUCGCAACCGAUGACGCAACGGGAACCCGUGAACGAGAGAUCCCUUUCUUUCGCACUUUUCUUCCACGACGGGAUCGAACGUUACUUUCGUUCCCUCCGAUGCCUCUAUACGCCGCCGCUGUCUUCUCCGUUUUCUCUGUCAGUCAAUGAAAUGUCGGAUAAUAAAAUGCUCGAUUCGUUGCAUCGCCGAGAAGACGAGAAAACCAUA